AUGCCCAGGAACCGAUAUCUAAUCUCUGCAUACAAUCCGAUCAAAAUGCCUGCCUCCGUCCACUCCGAAGAACAAGACCAGUCCAUGCUGGACGCCUCCGCGCCUCAAGAGCAAGAGCAGACCGAUGUCCUAGAGCUGGACGAGAAGCGCAUUGUUGUUUUGCUCGGCUCGUCCGACACCGCAGCUUCGUUCCAAUUCGAGGGAGAGGGUCACACUCUGGGCAAUGCGCUGCGGUAUGCGAUUAUGAAGAACCCCGAAGUCGAAUUCUGCGGUUACACCAUCCCCCAUCCUUCCGAGACGAAGAUGAACCUUCGUAUUCAGACUUAUGAAACUACCACCGCCGUCGAAGCCCUCGAGAAAGGUCUCGACACUCUAAUGGACCUCUGUGAUGUCGUGACGGACAAGUUCACGACUGCCCGUGAUGACUUUAAUGCUGCGCAGGCGGAUCGCAUGGAGGCUUAG